AUGACCAUUAUUGAUACCAUUUCCGCAGCCGAUGCAGGCCCAUACGACUAUGUCAUCGUUGGUGGUGGUACUGCAGGAUGUGUCGUGGCAAGCCGUCUCUCCGAGUACCUACCUGGCAAGAAAAUCUUGAUGAUCGAAGCAGGACCUAGUGAUGUUGGGGAUCGCCGUGCACUGGUUUUGAAAGAGCGUAAUGAUAUGUUGGGAACGGAUGUCGACUUUGGGUAUACCACUGUUGAACAGCCAAAAGGCAAUAGUCAUAUUGAACACUCAAGAGCAAAGAUCCUUGGCGGCUGCUCCAGUCACAACGACAUGGUGUCCUUAAGAACACCCGAAUACGAUACAUACACAUGGGAGAGACUGGGCUGCAAGGGCUGGUCCUUUGAGAUGUUCCAGCGCUUGCAGAAUCAGCUUCGUUUGACAACAUAUCCAGCCGCUCAUCCUCGCGACAGGAAUCAAUUGCACAAAGAUUGGAUCAAGUCCGCGCAUCGAGGAUUGGACUUACCAUUUUCGUCAGACCUGAACGAAACGAUUUCGUCAUCUACUGGGUUGACCGAUGCUGUUGCCUGGACUCCCCUAUCAUACAAUCCGGAUAAUGGCUGGCGUAGUAGCGCGAGCAUCGCUUACAUUCAUCCAAUCCUUCGGGGUGAGGAGAAGCGGCCCAAUCUGAAGAUACUGACCAAGGCUUGGGUCUCCCGGAUCAAUGUCUGUGGUGAUGUGGCCACCAGCAUCGAUCUUACAACGCAUGAUGGCUCACAACACACAAUCAAAUACACGAGGGAAAUAGUUCUCUGCGCCGGAACUUUCGACACUCCAAGACUGAUGCUGCUGUCGGGGCUAGGGAAUCGUGAACAUCUUGAACCUUUGAACAUCCCAGUCGUUAAAAAUAUCCCAGGUGUGGGUGAGAAUCUCCAGGAUCAUCCUUGUACGGUUGUGGUGUACGACCUCCAUGACAGGGUACCACAAGAGACAGCCACUCAUUCCGAUGCAUUGAUUUUCUUUCGUCAAAAACCAUUUAAUUGGGCUGGGGACGAUGGGAGAAUUCCAGAUACGCUAAUUCAUCCAUGGGCGCUGGAUUUUUGUGACGAUACCUCCCGGAUUGGGUACGACCGACCUAGACAUCCAUUCUGUUUCCUCCCUGUGUGCCUACGGCCUCAAGCAAAAGGUCGGGUGUACUUGAAAUCGAAUAAUCCGAAAGAGAAGCCAGCACUUGAUUUCAAGUAUUUUGAGGAUGCUGAAGGUUAUGAUGCUGGUAUUCUCGUUGGUGGCAUCAAAGCAGUGCGAAAAAUGGCGCAAGCCGAACCUCUCAGAAGUUGGAUUCGGCGUGAGGUUGCGCCCGGUCCUGAAAUCACUUCAGAUGAAGACCUGGACAGAUAUGCACGUGCUGUUGCACAUACGAUCUAUCACCCCGCGUGUACCGCUAAGAUGGGUGAUAUCAACACCGACCCGAUGGCUGUGGUUGAUCCAGAGCUGAAAGUCCGAGGCUUCAAGAACCUUCGAAUAGCGGACGCGAGUGUGUUUCCUACGAUGAUCACCGUGAACUUGAUGUUGACAGUCCUAGCGGUUGGCGAAAGGGCAGCCGAGCUUAUUGCUGAAGAGGCAGGAUGGACGCGUCUGAAGCCCCGAAUGUAG